GCAUGUGGAACCUACUCCUGCGAUAUCGGACAGUGUCUUCAAGGGCUGGCAGAUGCUCUGCGUACUCCCCACUACGUACCCGCCCUCAAAGAAUUUCGAGACGUAGCUGUGCUCUUUUAUGCAGCAGCAGACGGCUCAGCACCAAGACAGGGUUGACGUGAUAGCCAAUCAAUGCCUUCGCCGUCUAGUUGCGAUCUCAAAGAAAGGUCCAUGCAGAAAGCUUCCGAUGCUAGGAGAGAUCGAGACGGCAUUGAACGCCGCCUUCAACCCAUCCACGUUCGGAGAAUCGUCGGACACGACAAUGCGCCUGAAAGAGCGCAACUACCCAGACGAGAAGAUCCCCAUUAUUCUCCCGUUCCUCGCAGACGGGAUUAUCGCUCUUGGGGGCAUGAAAGCGGGGGGCGUCUUCCGCAUCCCUAGCGACUUCGUGUCGGAACUGAAGUUGUGUUUUUAUAGGGGUUAUUAUACACUUGACAGCGUUGAUGAUCUCCAUGUCUUGGCUUCGUUGCUUAAGCUCUGGUUGUGUGAGCUAUGCAACCUACUGGUGCCUGAAGAGAUGUACAACGACUGCAUCAGGCAUUCUCGCGAACCUGAGAUGUGCAUACAGCUCGUCCGGUGUCUUCCCACGAUAAACAGACGCGUCGUGGUUUUCAUGAUCAACUUCUUGCAGUUCUUUUUGGAGGAGAAGGUGCAGACGGUGACGCCGGCGAAUUUGGCGCUGGUGAUGGCGCCGAACCUGCUGAGGCUCUCAGGUGUAAUCCGGAGUCUACGACCGUUGUGUUCACAAAUGCUCAGUACGAACAAGUGUUCAUCUAUAAUAUUAUGACUCAUCUCAAGUACGAUCGAAUAUACGUCCCCGUCCACAGCCUUGGUGCCAGCCUACCAUCACCCCAAAACCACGUGUUUCUAAAUCUUGCAGCAGAAAGUGACCAUGCUGGUGUAUAUCCACCAUCUUUUUCUAUACCCACCAUGCAACCUCACAAGUGUACUUGUUAUCAUUUAUC